CUCUCUCAAGCCCCUACAGCCACCAUCCUCCAAUAGCCAUGUCUACGAAGUCCAAAUCCAAGCAGGAAGAAGCAUUGCAGUUCCUGGAUGACCUCGACUCCUUCGCACCCCCUCCCGUUGGCACCCCCGGUGUGGCUUCAGACUCGCAACCGCCGCCAGAGGGCGAGGCGGAAGUCUACGCCUUCAUUGACGAGAUUACCCAGAAGAGCUCAGAGCCGCCUCGCUUGACGAGCUCACAUAUCGAGCGGCCGUUGUCGCGCGCGGGCACGCCCACUGUUCGCAAGAGCACCGAACGAAUCCGUCUUGGCGGGGCUACGCCUCUGAUGCCCGCGCUGCAAAGGACAGAAUCAUCGAGCUCACGACUGUCUGCUGUAACCCCUGUCUCUGCGAAGCCGGAACCGCAGCCGGAAGUACAGAGUGGAUCGGGCGGAGGCUGGGGUUGGGGCAAUGUAUGGUCGAGUGCCAGUGCUGCUAUUCAGCAGGCCAAGUCUGUCGUGGACGAGCAGGUCAAGCAACUGCCGAAGAAUGAGCAGGCUCGCAAGUGGGGCGAAGGCGUGCUCGAGUACGCACGGGCUGCUCAGCUGGAGAAGCUUGGCACCGACUUCAAGCGAGUCGGACUAUCCACCCUGACUGACAUCCUCAAUGCGGUUGCGCCUCCGAUCUCUGAGCACGAAGUCAUUCAAGUUUGGCUCAGCCAUGACAUGAAGGGAUAUGAUGGCGUGGAGUCGCUCGCGUAUCGUGCACUUUCUCGCAUUAUGGAGCAGGUCGAAGGGGGAGACUUGGUAGUCAACCGGGGUAACGAAUCACGCCCCAAGGAGUCAUCAGAUUCCAAGAGGGAACUGAACGCGGUCGAAGGGUUCGAAUCCGCGCUGAAAUUAGCACAGGCAGAGAUCGACGAGCUCAUCAGGCGGAACGAGAAUCCUGCACCAACACAAGCGUCCUCCGCGCAGAACCCUACCACAUAUUCCUACGUCUACCUCCGCAUUCAGCCCUUCAUGACCACCUUCCCUUUGCCCCAACCUGCGGUCAACGCCGAACUCACGACCCCCGCAACACCGACCACCCAUACUUCCCUACAAUUCCUCCUCUAUCUCUCGGACCCUCAUCAUCAGCUGAACCAUUCCACCAUGACGCAGGCUGUCCCCGGCAAGUGGCUCGACUUGUGGGACGACUACGAGUGGGUGGAGGAUCUGGUCGUCGAGGCAAUACGGUUAGGCGUGGAGGUGAUUGGUCAGGAGUAUAUUGUGUCUAGGAUGGGAUGGGACAAGAAGAACAGUGAGAAGCUCGAGGAUAGCGCAGAACCCGCACAAGAAGAACAGGCCGAGACAUGAGCGAUGGUGGACCUUUGCACUUCCACCCGUGUGUCUGCAUGUUCUUUAAUUUAUGAAGGUGCAUUAUGGCAUGCAUGUGUAAUGUAUUAAUACAAUGUUGGAUGG